AGCAACCACCGAGCGGGGCCGGGGUGACCACUGGGUCCGGCCGGGGCGAGCCCUGGGCGGGGGCGCGGUAACCCCGGCGCGGGGCGGUGGUCGUUGCUUCAGCCGCAGAGACUGUGCGGGCCCGGCUCCCCGUGCCCGGCCCGGCUGCAGCGGACUUCGGGCGUCGGGCGGUCUUGCCGGCCGAAACGAGGGCGCAGGUGAGCCCGGCCUGCAUCCGCUGGCCGGGGCGGAGGGCUGGGGUCGCCCGCAGCGCCUCGCCGGGUGCAGCGGAGGGGACAGGAGCGCUAGCCCGGGACGAAAGGCAGCCCGCCCGCCGGGCCUGGCCGCGCUGUGCUGCAGGCCGCUAUGCUGCAGGAUGCUGUAGGACCCGCACCUGGCCUGGGGAUCCCUGCUUGGCUCAGGCGUCUGUGAGGACAGGACUCCAGCCAUGCAGCCGCCGGCCGUGCUCCUGAAGGACCACCUCGGGCCACCGAGAGCCACCCGAGUUUCCUCUGCACCCAGCCAGUGACCUCUGACGUGCAUCCCUGACAACACGUGUUGCUAGCCGCCCGGAGAGGAGGCCAGGCUACCGUGGGUGAGGGCUGGCCAGGCCCCGAUUAUGCCCUCCGAGUCAGCUUGCCUGCGUCACACGGAGGCGCCUGGGCAGCUGGAGGGCAGAAUGCUCCAGGGACAGCUUCCCAGCACUGACAAGAACCUCACCCCAAGGCCAGACUCCCUACCUGCCACUGGCUCUGAGCGCCCAGAGACAAAACCCAUGCCUCUUUUCAGCAUUCCAGCUAAAAUCAGCAACCAGGACCCGCAAGCUAAGGCAAACUCCAGCACCCCACAGCCCCCUAUGAGGCCCAAGUUGGAGCGAACCCUGUCUCUGGAUGAUAAAGGCUGGGGAAGGAGGCGUGUCCAAGGCAGUCAGGAGGACCUGGCAGAGCAAAAUGGGGCUGGUCCCUGCAGGGGCUCCGUGCAGAACUCUGUCUCCAGGUCACCCCGCCACAGUCGUCCCCUGCCCUGCCUCAGCACAUCCUUGCAAGAAAUCCCCAAGCCCCGAAGGGCCACGAGCAGUGAGGGUGGAAGCCCAUCCUUGUGGAGUGACUGUCUCUCUGGAAUGAUCAGCACCUCCCUGGACCUCCUGCACAGAGAGGCUGCCCCAGGUGGGGGCUCCCCCAGGCUGGCCAGCCUGCAUCCCUCACACCCACCACCUUCCAUGGACCUCACCAUAGCCUCCAGCUCCCUGAGGACAGCAAACAAGGUGGACCCUGAAUAUGCUGACUACAAGCUCCGCAUGCAGACCAGGCUGGUCAGGGCCCACAGCAGCCUGGGGCCCGGCCUGCCCCGGAGCCCCCUGGCUGGUGAUGACCUUUCCAUUCACUCAGCCAAAUCUUCCUUCAGCCUGCUGGCACCCAUCCGCACCAAGGACAUCAGAAGCAGGAGCUAUCUGGAGGGGAGUCUCCUGGCCAGUGGGGCCCUGUUAGGGGCAGACGAACUGACCAGGUACUUCCCAGACCGGAACAUGGCGCUCUUUGUGGCUACCUGGAACAUGCAGGGCCAGAAGGAGCUCCCACCAACCCUGGAUGAGUUUCUGCUGCCCACUGAGGCUGAUUAUACCCAGGACCUGUAUGUCAUUGGAGUUCAGGAGGGGUGCUCUGACAGGCGGGAGUGGGAGACACGCCUGCAGGAGACGCUGGGCCCCCAGUAUGUGCUGCUGUCCUCAGCAGCCCACGGGGUGCUGUACAUGUCCCUGUUCAUCCGCAGGGACCUCAUCUGGUUCUGCUCAGGUGCACUGAGCCCUGUUCCCUGCCCUACAGAAGUCGAGUAUUCCACGGUAACCACACGCAUCGUGUCUCAAAUCAAGACCAAGGGGGCUCUGGGUGUAAGCUUCACCUUUUUCGGCACCUCCUUCCUGUUCAUCACGUCUCACUUCACCUCUGGAGAUGGGAAGGUGGCUGAGCGGUUGCUGGACUAUAGCAGAACCAUCCAAGCCCUAGCCCUGCCCCGGAACGUGCCAGACACCAACCCCUACCGCUCCAGUGCAGGAGAUGUCACUACCCGGUUCGAUGAGGUGUUCUGGUUUGGGGACUUCAACUUUCGCCUAAGUGGUGGGCGAGUGGCUGUGGAGGCCCUCCUGAAGCAAGACCCGGAAGUGGACGUGCUGGCACUCCUGCAGCAUGACCAGCUCACCAGGGAGAUGAAGAAAGGGUCCAUCUUCAGAGGCUUCGAGGAGCCUGAAAUCCACUUCCUCCCGUCCUAUAAGUUUGACAUUGGGAAGGACACCUAUGACAGCACCUCCAAGCAGAGGACACCCUCCUACACAGACCGAAUCUUGUACAAAAGUCGCCACAAGGGUGACAUCUGUCCCAUCAAGUAUUCCUCCUGCCCCGGGCUCAAGACGUCUGACCACCGCCCGGUAUAUGGGCUGUUCCGUGUGAGAGUGAGACCUGGACGGGACAACAUCCCCCUAGCUGCUGGCAAGUUUGACCGAGAGCUAUACUUGAUAGGAAUUAAAAGGCGGAUUUCAAAAGAAAUUCAAAAACAGCAAGUGCUAAAGAACCAGAGCUCCAGUGCCGUGUGCAGUGUUUCUUGAAGUUGCCGGACAAGGACUGGCCACUGAAACUCGGGGACCAGUCACUGGAAAGAGACAGGUGUGCUUGUUGGUGCCUCUUGCCAUGUUGGGGUCUUGAUGAACCACAGCUAGGAGCCCUCUCGCUCUCCCACCACGCAGCCCCUCCUACCCCCCCCCC